AUGGCGACAAGGGUGGAGAACGCCUUCGAUUCAGGUGGCACUGCAUACCUGCCACCCGUCGCAAGUCUGCCUGUCGUAAGGCUACUGCAGCCAAUGAUCGAUGACCGAAGUGAAGCGGACAUUGAUUGCCAAGAUCCUUUCCAGCCACCAACAGGCACAGGUGCCAAUGAGGAGACUGGACCGCCUUCCGUAGCGCAGCCAGAGGCUGAAGAAAACACCGCUGCGCCAAGCUGCACAAACAGCCCCCAAGUCGCCACAGGUUCUGCAGGCUCUACUUCUGCGGCAACUCGGAUGGCCGUCUUGGAGAAGACGCUGGCCGCUGAAAAUGAAGUUCGUGCGGAGCUACUUCAAGAAGAGCACCGAAUUCGCGUCCGCAUACUGCAGGAGGACCACGACGACGAGAUCCUGGAACGGGCAAACAAGAGAAAACUUGAAAAUUAAAUGCGAGAGCUCGAGCUAUUAAAACAAAAGAACGAGCUCGAGAAACAAAAGCUACAGGUUGAAGUGCUACAAAUUGAA